AUGACUCGAGGCAACCAGCGCGAGCUCGCGCGCGAGAAGGCCGCGAAGAAGACAGCAGGAAAGUCUAAGCCGAAGGAGAGCGGGACGUCGUUGCAGGCACGCAAAGAGCGAGAUGCUGAGGCCCUCAGGCAGAAGCAGAAGCUCAAGGAAGAGCAGAAAACGGGCCAAGACAGCGGAGGGGCGAAUAAGUAA